GACGAUGGCCGGGAACGCGGUGUGACGGUUCUUGGCGGAGGUGAUCCAAUCAGGACGAGGUAACUCCGUUUUAUUGGUUACAAUGGCCGUUUCAGGGUCACAUGACAUCAUCUCAUCUGUUUGGGGCCAGCCCGCAGAGCUUCAAUCCAGAGCUCCACAGGCCCACCAUGGAUUGGAGGGGGGAUUUGGGCUUUACGGACCGAUUGAGGGCCAUUCAGUCUCUCACUACGGUUUACCAGCUCAGUUCGUCAACUACGGCCUUUGCGGAAGCUCAGGCAGAGGCGAGGAGAUAUGAGACGGAGGCCUAUGACCAGGCCACCUCCAAGGAGGAGUAUGACCGAAUGUGUCAACAAGCGAUCGAUGCUGCCGAAACCAAAUCUGUGGCACCGGUCCACGGCUCAGAGCAAGAGCAAAAUGUCUCUCAAGAAGAAAAGCAAGAGUUAGCUGGCUCAUCAGAGUUGUCAGUAGGAGAGACCUUUGGACAGUACACCUCUUGCUUCCAUCAUUCUGAUGGGCUACACUCCACGAUCUACAAAUCCACGGCUAAGGACGGUACGGUUCGUGCCGUGAAGAUCACCGUUCUGCAUUUGAUGGCAGCACCUCACGACGUCCACCGUGAAGCGCGACUGCUACGUGAGGCAGCCAGUCCCCAUGUGAUCCCUCUAGUCGAGACGUUUAACUUGGACGGGGAUAGAUUGGCUUUGGUCUUCCCUUUCCUGCGAUACGACUUUGCGCAGUUGCUCCGGCGAGACAUGGUCACUGCCACCCAGACGCGGUCUAUCUUGCGCGACAUGUUUCAGGCCCUUGAGUACAUUCACAAAUUAGGAAUUAUCCAUCGAGACAUCAAGCCCUCUAAUAUUCUGAUGAGCUCGGCCGAUGGGCCGGCCAAAUUGGCAGACUUUGGGAUUUCAUGGAAAGAAGGAGACCCAGGAUCCGAGCCCAGUGAUCAGAAAAUCACCGACGUGGGGACCACUAGCUACCGGGCUCCCGAAGUUCUGUUUGGAUACAAGGCAUACGGAACGGCUCUUGACCUCUGGGCCGCUGGUUGUGUAGUAGCGGAAGCUAUUACCGUGGGACAUGGCGAGCUGUUCGAUUCAGGGCCCGUGGGAAGUGACCUCUCACUUAUCCACUCCAUCUUCAGCACUCUGGGAACUCCAGAUGACCAAAUAUGGCCGGACGUCCAUGUCCUGCCGGACUGGGGCAAGGUCGAAUUCUACACCGUCCCAGCACAACCCUGGGAGGAUAUCUUGCCAGCCGUCUCCUCCAAUGGCCGUGAUCUGGCCCGUCGCUUACUCCGCUACCAGAGUAGCGAGCGACUUUCCGCUGACGAGGUAAGUAACGGCGAAAAGAUUGUUAUGCAAGGUCGGACUCUGAUAAUGCCAGGCACUCCGACAUCCGUAUUUCUCCACCGUUUAAUCUCACGAGCCAGACGGCUGCCACACGGCCGUGGGCUUCAGCCACACGGUACAGGGUGUGGCCCGUACCUACAAUAGGAAUUAGGAGCCGUGUGUCAUUUCGGGAAAGCGUGGCAGUGUCAACACGGUCGUCGUAAAAGGAUGCAACGAUGGGGGAAGGCGUCAUAUAUUCUCAGGGUCAUGAUGGUGACAUUGAGCCUUUAUACGGCGUAUGGAUUAAGUGCAGGGCGUUAUGUCUUGUACAUAUGUAUUGUGACCAGCGAGGUGGACCUGUAUCCCAGUCCCGAUUGGGGAUCCCAAGGAGAUCACGACCACACAACAAACACCAGCAAUGAAAACACCUAAGAAUAGCAGUUAAACGUCAAUCGACAGCCCUCAUUGGUGCUCUGCCGAGGAAACGGUCACUCAUUACAUACUGUAGACUUAGACUGCAAAUGACGAACGAGGGAGCAUGAACCCGCUUUCCUAGAACCCGAAGGACGUCCGGGUGGCCCGGAAAUUGCGACAGAAGGCCAUUGGGCAAUGAGAGUCGAGGGCUGAAAGACGUGAAACACCCAGACAGCAACGGAUGGCGUCUGUGCCCCGCGUUGCAGGGUUCCUAGCGAAGGGCCGCUCUGUGGGGGCCACUCCAGCCGGGGCUAAGUCUGCGCUGCCUCGGUGGAAGUGGUGGUGCGGUUAGAUGAUGGUGGUG